UUUGCUUCAAUGUCUCUUCCUUCCUAACCUCUUUUUUUUUUGAACAAAAAAGUUCCCCCCUGAUAUAUACAUCUUUGUCUUCUCUCUCUCUCUCUCUCGUUCCUCACCUCACUCUAAUCCACUCCAUCCUAGUCUUUCCUCUCCUCCUCUCCCAUCACCAUGGCAGUCAGAUCGUCAUCAGAGCUUUUUAGAUUUAUGACAAGAGUCUAAGCCAUGACUUGCAAUGGGAUGGCUUUCUUCCAAGCCAAUUUCAUGCUACAAACUCCUCAUGAAGAGGACCACCACCCUCCUACCUCCCUGAAUCCAAUUCUCCCAUCAUGCACAUCUCAAGACUUCCAUGGUGUUGCAUCGUUUCUGGGUAAGAGAUCCAUGUCAUUUUCCGGUAUUGACAUGUGUGAAGAAACAAAUGGGGAAGAGGACUUGUCUGAUGAUGGAUCACAGGCUGGAGAGAAGAAGAGGAGACUUAACAUGGAACAAGUGAAGACACUUGAGAAAAACUUUGAAUUAGGUAACAAACUUGAACCCGAGAGGAAAAUGCAGCUGGCUAGGGCUCUUGGUCUGCAACCAAGACAAAUCGCCAUAUGGUUUCAAAACAGGAGAGCAAGAUGGAAGACCAAGCAAUUGGAAAAAGACUACGAUCUCCUGAAAAGACAGUUUGAAGCAAUUAAGGCAGAUAAUGAUGCCCUCCAAGCUCAGAACAAGAAACUUCACGCAGAGAUAUUGGCUCUGAAAAGUAGAGAACCAACUGAAUCCAUCAACCUCAACAAAGAAACGGAGGGCUCUUGUAGCAACAGAAGUGAGAACAGCUCCGAUAUCAACUUGGACAUCUCAAGAACACCAGCAAUUGACAGCCCCCUAUCCUCCCAUCACCCGAGUAGACCUCUCUUCCCAUCAUCCAUCAGGCCUGCAAGCGUUGCCCAACUCCUCCAGAACUCAUCAAGAUCAGACCUCCAAAACCAGAAGAUGGAACAAACUGUUCAAGAUGAAAGCUUCUGCAACAUGUUCUGCGGCAUCGAUGACCAGCCUGGAUUCUGGUCGUGGCCCGAGCAGCACCAUUUCCAUUGAAUUAUGUCGAAACAUGUCCAAUUGGCAAUUCGGCGACGGCGAGUUUAAAGAGAGAAACUAUGCUAUGCCAUCAAGCUUGAACUCAAUGUCUUAAUCUUAGAUUGAUGUAUAGAAUAGAAAAUAUUCCACUUAAAUUUCAGUUGAGUUGAACUGCACAUUAGUUUGAAAGGAAUAAAAGCUGUGCGUCUUUGGAUUA